AUGGACAGGUUUGAUGACUCAGAAGGGGAGUCCUUCGCCAUCUGCCCCCAACAGGGCUCUAGGGGAACCAGCUGGCCUCCUGAACGACCAGAGAACUCAGACAACCAGAGGAAUGUCAGACGAACGAGCCAAACCUCCAUCCAGAUUCCUCCUGUGACUAUCACCUCCCCACCUGGAGAGACCACCCUCAUACAAAUGAACAGUAUUGACUGUGAGACAGUGCCCAUGAAUGAGAAGACAUUGGAGGAUCUAGCUCAAAGUGGACCCAAACCUAUUCUGCCUUACAGUUCGAUGUUCAUCUUUGGACAGGCCAAUCCGGUGAGGCGGUUAUGUCACUAUGUUGUGACCCUACGUUAUUUUGAGAUGUCUAUCCUUGUUGUCAUUGCUAUGAGCAGCAUCGCUCUUGCAGCAGAGGACCCUGUCUGGACAAAUGCCCCUCGCAACAAUGUACUAAAAUAUCUGGACUAUGCCUUCACUGGAGUUUUCACUUUUGAAAUGGUGAUUAAGAUGGUGGACCUCGGCCUGCUGCUUCAUCCUGGUUCUUACUUCAGAGACCUGUGGAACAUUCUGGACUUCAUAGUGGUUAGUGGGGCGCUGGUGGCCUUUGCAUUUUCGGGGACCAAAGGCAAGGACAUCAGCACCAUAAAGUCUUUGAGGGUUCUCCGAGUUCUCAGACCUCUGAAGACUAUCAAACGUCUGCCAAAACUCAAGCUCUUCAAGGGAAAGUUCUUCUAUUGUACUGAUGAAUCCAAAGGCCUGGAGAGAGACUGCAAAGGACAGUUCCUGGACUAUGACAAAGAUGAGGUGGCUGCCAUGCCCAGGGAGUGGAAAAAAUAUGAGUUCCAUUACGACAAUGUGCUGUGGGCCUUCCUGACCCUCUUCACUGUUUCUACUGGGGAGGGCUGGCCAACUGUUUUGAAACACUCUGUUGAUGCCACCUUUGAAGAUCAAGGUCCCAAUCCAGGCUACCGGAUAGAAAUGUCCAUCUUCUAUGUGGUCUACUUUGUGGUCUUCCCUUUCUUCUUUGUCAACAUCUUUGUUGCUCUGAUUAUCAUCACCUUCCAGGAGCAGGGAGACAAGGCCUUGUCUGAGUGUAGCUUGGAAAAGAAUGAGCGGGCUUGUAUUGACUUUGCCAUAAACGCCAAACCUCUGACACGCUACAUGCCUGAGGACACACAGUCUUUCCAGUAUAGGAUGUGGAAGUUUGUGGUCUCAGCUCCAUUUGAGUACUCCAUCAUGAUCAUGAUUGCUCUCAACACUGUGGUGCUCAUGAUGAAGUUCCAUGGAGCUCCAGAUUUCUAUGAAGCAAUGCUGAAGAACCUCAACAUAGUGUUUACCACUCUGUUUUCUCUGGAGUGUGUCCUUAAGGUUAUUGCUUUUGGUCCACUGAAUUAUCUAAAGGACGCCUGGAAUGUGUUUGACUUUGUGACUGUGUUGGGCAGCAUUACUGACAUACUGGUGACUGAAAUUAAUGACAGACUGCUGAACCUGAGCUUUCUGAGACUCUUCAGAGCUGCUCGACUCAUCAAGCUUCUGAGGCAGGGUUACACAAUUCGCAUCCUGCUGUGGACCUUUGUCCAGUCCUUCAAGGCUCUGCCUUAUGUUUGCCUGCUGAUUGCCAUGCUGUUCUUCAUCUACGCCAUCAUUGGAAUGCAGGUAUUUGGCAACAUUGAGCUGAACGAAGACACAGCUAUCAACCACCACAACAACUUCCGUACUUUCCUCCAAGCUCUAAUGCUACUCUUCAGGAGUGCAACUGGGGAGGCCUGGCACGAGAUCAUGCUGUCAUGUUUGAGUCACCGAGUAUGUGAUGAGCGAUCAGGGUCCCAUGGGAAAGAGUGCGGCAGUGAUUUCGCCUACUUCUACUUUGUCUCAUUUAUCUUCCUGUGCUCCUUCCUGAUGCUGAAUCUGUUUGUGGCGGUCAUAAUGGAUAACUUUGAGUACCUAACCAGAGAUUCCUCCAUCUUGGGGCCUCAUCACCUCGAUGAGUUUAUCCGGGUUUGGGCCGAGUACGACCCGGCUGCGUGUGGCCAUAUCAAGUACAUCGAUAUGUAUCAGAUGCUGCUCCACAUGUCCCCACCCUUAGGUUUGGGAAAGAAAUGUCCACCAAGAGUCGCCUACAAGCGCCUCGUCAAAAUGAACAUGCCCAUCGCUGAAGACAACACAGUUCACUUCACCUCCACCCUGAUGGCCCUGAUUCGCACUGCCCUGGAGAUCAAACUGGGCUCAGGUAUGGUAGCCCAGCGAUUAUCUGAUGCUGAGUUAAAGAAAGAGUUGUCCACAGUGUGGCCCAGCCUCUCUCAAAAGACCAUGGACCUCCUGGUGACACCACAUAAACCCAAUGAGCUCACAGUAGGGAAGGUUUAUGCAGCCCUGAUGAUCUUCGACUACUAUAAGCAGAAUCGAGCAAGGAGGCUGCAGCAGCAGCAGCAGCAGCAGCAGCAGAGUGCAUCCGGCUCCCAGUGCAAGGCCAGGGCUCUGUUUAAGCCAUUGCUGCCUCUGACUCACAUGCAGGAGAAAGACCUGUCUAUGAUGGUAAACAGUGUGGAGCCUCCCAGCAUGCUUCAGCCCCAGCCCAAAUCUCAUGCCAAGUCCCAGCCUCAGACCAGACCUAGUUCCAACUCCCUCAACAAUGGAGGCACGCUACCAGGCCAUGAUCACACCAUAAAACCAUCAUCUUCCUGGGUGACCGAGAAACCCAAGGAAGCACCCCGGGCUAAGACUAAGCGAACCAUAUCCAGGGGCCCAUCAGAGGACGCACCAAACACUGCCAUCAAUCAGGAAUCGGUGGAGAUGAGGAAGAUGGAGACCAGCAUCAGUAGUCCAAUGCCAGUACCUGGCUCAAGUCUGGAGAACCAGGGCAGAGCUGCUUCUAUGCCUCGACUCACUGCUGAGCUGCAGCGGAGCCACUCACGCCACUUUCCAGGGAUCCAUCUGGCUUCUGUCCCUGAUGCCAGUCCGAUGAAGCGCUCAGCCUCCACUGUGGCCCCACAGCGGCCCCAGGAGGUCAACUUGAGGGACUGCACACUGGAGAAACCAAGCAAGGAACGCCCUCACCACCAUCACCACCACCAUCGCUGUCACCAUCGCAGAGACCGAGAUAGAGAUAAAGACAAAGACAGAGAGAAGAGGCAGAGGUCUUUGGAUACACCUCUUGCUGGUCAUCCCCCUGGCUCUGUUGCCGCCAGCGACUCGUUGAUAGAGCGAGACCUUGAGCGUGGACGUUCAUAUGAGAGGAAACAGAACCACUCCUCUGCGGACAAGCAACGCUACUACUCCUGUGACCGCUACUGCAGCCGGGAACACUGCCUGACUAAAUCUGCAACCGCGAGCUAUGCUGUCUCCCCCAGUGAGGGCCAGGAGACUGUCAACAAGCAGGGCAGUGGUUGGGCUAAAGGCAGCCCAGUGGCACUGAGCUCCAGUUCUAGCACGCCAAGCCACGGACGUCGGCAGCUACCCCAGACCCCCCUCAACCCGCGGCCUGGGGUGGCCUACAAGACUGCCAAUUCCUCCCCUGUGCACUUUGUGUCCAGCCAGGCCUCUCUGAGUCCUGACCAUGUGAGUAGCGGCCUGUCAGAGCACAAUGCCGUCAGUCACAGCAGCUCCCGCCACUUCCCCUCCCCCGUCACUCGUAUCAGCUCCGAGCCCUUCCUGGGCCGGGGCCACAGUGAAACCCUAGGCAGCCCCUACAGCAGCCUACAGGACCAGUUGGAUGUCUUCCAGGAUGCGGCAUCACUGUCUCCCAGCUUCCGUGCUGGAUGCUCAUCUCAGACCGCACUGCCUCGCAUGAUGGGAGCCCUGCUCCCCGCACCACAGCAGAACCUUGAUGUGCCCAACGGGUACCACUUCAACUUUGGGGGCAGCACCAGCCCAGGCUCUCGCAGCAGGGCAUCCAGGUAUUACCAGGAGACAAAGGAGGAUUAA